AUGGUCAACUCCUAUUGUGGCUCCGUCUGCUCUGACCAGGGCUGUGGCCAGGAGACCUGCUGCCAACCCAGCUGCUGCCAGACCACCUGCUGCAGGACCACCUGCUGCCGUCCCAGCUGCUGUGUGUCCAGCUGCUGCAGGCCCCAGUGCUGCCAGUCUGUGUGCUGCCAGCCCACCUGCUGCCAACCCAGCUGCUGCCAGACCACCUGCUGCAGGACCACCUGCUGCCGCCCCAGCUGCUGUGUGUCCAGCUGCUGCAGGCCACAGUGCUGCCAGUCUGUGUGCUGCCAGCCCACCUGCUGCCAACCCAGCUGCUGCCAGACCACCUGCUGCAGGACCACCUGCUGUCGCCCCAGCUGCUGCAUCUCCAGUUGCUACAGGCCUUCUUGCUGUAUCUCCAGUUGUUGCCGCCCAACCUGCUGCCAGACCACCUGCUGCCGCCCCAGCUGCUGCUAG